AUGUCAGAGACCUCCACGCCCCAAGGUGAACCAAGCACCCCCCAAGGAUCAGCCCAGCAGUUAAAUAGAUCAUGCGAGUCUUGCCGAAGUCUCAAAGUUCGCUGCCUCCCCAACCCAUCUACGCCUAAUCAGUGCCAAAGAUGUGCUAAGGGCAAGCGAUCCUGUGUCUUUGUGGCCCCGCAGAGGCGGCGGCCCCGGAAGCGGACGGAUUCGCGCGUCGCUCAGCUUGAGAAGGAGAUGCGUAUGAUGCGUACGCUGUUAAAAAAUCGCAUUCCUGAAGAAGAAGAAUCGGAUUCCGGUGAUGAUAGCGAUGUGGACGAUGCCCAAGAUCAUGAAUCGGCCGAGAUGGAAAGCAGGCACGCCUUGCGGGACCAUUCGGCCCACUCAUCCGAGGAUGUCCGCUAUAUGGACUAUUCCCCUGAAUUGGGGAAUAACUCGCACCCCAACGUGCAUGACAGUGGUGGCUUUUCAGCACCGCCGACUUACGCGGGUAUGCCAGCUGGCUUUGAGCAGGAGAGGCUUCCUCCGGCGGAAGAUGUGAUCGAUCGGGGAAUUAUCUCCCUCGAAGAUGCGGAGCAAUUGGUAGCGUAUUUCAUCCACGAACUCGCAUCCUUCUUUCCAUUGGUCGUUUUGCCUUCAAACACCACGGCAGCCCAGCUGCGACAAACAAAACCAAUUCUAUUUCUCUCCGUGAUUGCCGCGACAUCCAUAUCCGUUGAUGCAGGCCUGGCAGCCGUGCUGGGCCGCGAGAUGGUCCGCCUCUAUGCAGAGCGGUUCUUUAUCGAAGGCGAAAAGUCACUGGAGUUAGUGCAAGCAAUGCUGCUGAUGAUCAUAUUUUAUCUCCCACCUGCCUCACCAUUGAAGCUGCAGCUUUAUCAGUACACCCACAUUGCUUCGACGAUGGCGCUAGAAAUUGGGUUAGCUAAUAAACGCCGUGUCUCCAAAAAGCCUGAUCGCAGGAGCAGCAGGCAGGAGGCGCAUGACGAGCUGCUGGCUGAGCAGGCGAGAGCAGUCCUCGGUUGCUACCAUCUCGGUUCGAGUGUUGCGAUGAAAACCCGUCGCCCAAAUCUACUCCAGUUCAACGACUGGAUGUCCGAGUGUCUCAAACACCUAGAAAACUCGCCGCAUCGAACGGAUCGGCAUGUCGCGAUAUGGUUCGAGCUCCAAAGAAUAACCGACGAAGCAAUGUCUUCAUUCGGUCUGGACGACACCAGUACCACAUCGCCCCUAACCGAGUCGCGGGUCCAAGCCGUGCUACGCUGGUUCGACAAGCGGCUCGAAACGUGGAAGAAGAACAUCCCAUCCGAAAUGUUUACCAGUAAGAAACGCCAGUCCUCUCGCUUAGUGUUGUUAUGCAUCCAAAAACCGUCCAUACUAACCGACCCCGUCAAAAUAGUCCCCAUGAUCCUCGAAUACCGCUCCGCAGCACUAGCGAUGUACGAACUCGGCGUAGGAGAAGGUUACCGUGAUCCAGACUCACUAAAGCGACGAUACUUCACACUACCGACCCUCGAUGAAGAAGGCAACAGCGGCAUCGAAGGAGAUACCUCACUCAGCGCAAUCCGCAUCGACAUCAACAUGAAAUGGAUGAACGCAGCACAUGAGCUUCUAGACGCCGUGCUGACCUGCAGCACGGACACAAUGCGUAAACUCCCGAAUCUCAUGUACACCCGCUUCGCGAUGGCCGUGACAUCCCUGAUGAAGAUCCACUUCUCCGUGCGAACCGGUGUUCUCGGGGAAGUCGUCACGCCGCAGACCGUGAACGUGGCCUUCUACCUCGACGCUCUAGCUAGCAAGCUAAGUGAGGCCAGUGGCGGGGGCAAGUACAGCAUCCCCGGUCGUUGGUACUACGUCGUGGGCGUCAAGGGCCGGGAUUGGUAUGAUCGGCUGGAGAGGCGGCAGAGUGAAGGAAUAGAAGGUCAUUCCCGGGUCGUAUCAGGGAGUCCAUCGACGGGCACUGCGGAAUCAGUCUCAGCUCUAGGAUCACAUCAUAACCAAACCAAACCCCAACUCCAACCCCAAACUCAGGCCCCGUCAACUAUGGAAUCCUUCCCCGUCCCCAUGCCCCCGAUGCAGGUAGACAGCAUGCGCGACGGGUACGUAUCGAUGGGUAGUGCGGGCAUGUGGGCCAUGGACAGCGGGCAUAACCCGCAUUUCUAUCCCAUGAGCGCGGCGGGGUAUCAACCUUCGGCAUCGCACGCGCAGGCAUUGCCGCCUCAUUUUUCGUAUGACUCGCACAGGAUGCCGGCUGGUGCUGCUGGGCAGCACAUGGCCAGGUCGGGCAUGGAAUUGGAUGGGUGGCUUCCUGAUGGGAGUAUUUUUGGACUGCAGCCUUUACCUGAGUUUUGA